AUCGAUGUUGGCGGUAUUUUGAAAAGGAAGUUGUUGUCUGUUGUUGUUGUGGUCCGCCCAGUGAAGAAAAACUAGUGAAUUUUACAUAUUAUGGCUGAGGUGAGGGCAGAUGAGCAUGCAGCAGCAGAACUGUCAGAGGCUGCUCAGACUGAGCUGCUCAACCUGUGUGAGGAGCAGUUUGCUCAGCUGGAGAAGCUUCAGAAUGACAUUUUACUGAGUGAACCAGGCUUCGGUGAGAAUCCACAAGAGCAGUCAGUAAACAGGCUGAUAGCAACAGAAGCUGAACUGAAGCAGUGGCUGACAGUGGAGCCUAAAUUGCUGACAGCAAAUUCUGAAGUGUUACUUCAAGCUGGAAAAAAGGAGAUACUCAAGCUGUGCUCUGAACUUGAGAUGGUUGUUUCUUGCUAUGAAGCCAAGAGAGCCAAACUGAGAGAAACUAAAGAAAUUGAACAGAAGUGGCAGGAGGAGAAGAAACAGGCAUUGGUGGCUGCCAGUGACCACGUUAAACGACUUCAAAUGGAAAAGGAGAAAAUAUCAGAGCAAACUAUAUUACAGGACACCAAGGUGAAAAUCCAGAAAAUGAAGGUCUACCAGGAAAAGCUGAUGGAGUGUCUGGCAGAUAUACUGGAGAAUCACGUUCCUCUUCCUCAGAGUGAUCUCGGUGCAAACAAGAAGAAGAAGAGCGCUACACAGGAGAUGAAUGAAGACUUAAUUUCAUUGAAUGAAAUUCUGGAGCUGCUCAUGAACAAGGCCCUGGAAACACCACAUGACCCCUACGUGACAAUAGACUCCACCUUUUGGCCACCGUACAUAGAGAUGCUGCUCCGCUACUGUAUUGCAGUGAGGCACCAAGAGGAUAACUUCAAGAUCCGCCUGGAAGCCUUUUGCUGAGGCAGUAAUGCAUUAGGCAUCUCAAGCACCACUUAUCUGCCUGUAUUUCUAAUUAGAGUGUGUCUACUCAUUGGCAGAGUUUCUACAACAAUUAGCUGUUUUACCAGCUAUGUCAGUAUCUAUCUGCAUUAUUUAAAUAGGCCUUAAAAUUUUUGUUAAAUAUUAAAGCAUUUCAUAAAGCC